UUUUGUCGCAUAAUUAUGUGCCAGGAUAUUUAUUUAUUUCAUACAGUGCGCUAUCCACAGUUACCGUGGAGAUACUUUUCUAAUUGCAACACGUUUAGGUGGCAAAGAUUUCAGACACCUGGAGGUUGCCGCAUUUUUGUUGAGAAAGCCCAUCAGCCGGAAAAUGGGAUGUUUAACAGACCGCAGAGCGCGGCUACUAGGCAAGAAGCUGAGAUGAUGAACAAGGCUCAGAGAGCCCUGCACGGAACCACGGAUACCAUAGAAAAAUUACGUCUGCUCUGCCUGGCCAGGGGUGCUAAUGGCAUCCUUGGUCUGGGUAGGUGCUUCAGGCGAAUGGAUGACGAUGGUAAUAAACAACUCAGUAUGGAGGAACUAACGAAUGGCAUUCGCGAAACCGGACUCGACUUAUCAGACGCUGAAAUAGCGGAUUUGUUUAAGGCACUCGACACCGAUGGUAGCGGUGGAAUAAAUGUCAGCGAAUUUCUCGUGGCAGUUAGGCCCCCCAUGAACGAUUCUCGUAAAAAAGUCGUCGACCAGGCAUUCAAAAAGUUGGACAAAACUGGAGACGGAGAGAUCACGAUCGAGGAUCUGAAGGGCGUUUACAACGUUAAAUCGCAUCCUCGGUACAUGAGCGGCGAAGAAUCGGAAGAAAGUAUCCUCAAUAAAUUUUUAGCAAACUUCGAACAGGACGCGACAAGGGACGGCGCGGUUACAGAAGAGGAGUUCAUGAAUUACUACAGUGCGAUCAGCGCGAGCAUCGAUCACGACGCGUACUUUGAUCUGAUGAUUCGACAAGCGUAUAAGUUAUAAGGAAACUUUUCUUAUACACGCUUUAUUACAACCGUCAACAUCAUCGUAGUUUGACGUCGGUUUUAUAUAAAUAUAUAUUAUAAAUGAAAUAAUAUGUUAUUAUCAGAAAUAAAGCUUCUUUUUCAAA